AUGGAUGCCAAUCAGAAACCCGAGAUGACGGAACAUCAAAAACAACAGCUGCAAUUUCAGCUGUUCCAGGAAUCACUACCGAAAGUGAACGACAUUGUCUACCGGAUGCUGCUAAAUGAGACCAUACCAAUGGCAGUCAGCGUAGAAGAUAAACUCAGCAAAGGAUUCACUUGCGACAACUCGGAUAUCCAAGGCACACAGGGGAUAAGGAAAUAGACGAAAAAUUGACUUUGGAUCCUCUGAAGGAACACGUUCCCUCCCAUAAGCUUCUUCAAAAGUACUUGACAUCCGGACCAGAUGAGCAGGAAAAAAUAGACCAGCGGCUUAACAAUAUCGGGUUCUCGUUAGGCCAGAAAUUGUCACAACUGCUCAUAUUCAGCAAUAACCCCAGCCUAAGCUUCAGAGAUAUGGACCUGCUUGCAGUGAUGAAAUUUGUAUGUCGUGACGUUUGGAGACAGCUUUUCGGUAAGCAGAUUGACAACUUGAAGACAAAUCACCGUGGAACUUUCUAUCUGCUGGAUAGCAACUAUAAGCCAGUGGAGUCGUUAUUUCUUGACGACGAUGCAUCAGAAGAUGAGAAAUCACUGAUUGAGCCAUAUCUUCAAUUCCCGUGCGGGGUCAUUCGCGGGGUACUAUACUCGCUUGGUUUCCAAGAAAAGGAUGCUGUCGUUUGUACCGCUACUCUGGUGGAAGAUCCUGAGUCUUCAAAAUCUAAAUUUCCGGUCAGUUCGCGGGCGGUCAUGUUUAAUGUUCAAGUUGCGCUGGAGAACUAG